UUUAAUCGUUGCACGUAACUUCUGCACGUGUUAAGGUGGAACGGAGCACCGAAUCAGCAGCUGAAGUUGAAAGGGAGGCGUGUCAAUGAACUGGGUCACUAUAUCAUAUAAAAGUGGCGAAAGAGAACCAGAUUUAAUCAACACUUCCAAAAGGAGGACAGAUAAUACAUCACCACGUCAGGAAAGGCACCCAGCAGCUGCUUUGCAUCUUCUGAAAGCGAGGGAGUCAGAAAAACCUCAAGAUGGAGAAGAUGGAAGAUGGCAGCAAGAGGAAGCGGAUGACAUGUCAUUUGCUGUUCUGCGUCUGCACGGCCGCCAUUGGCUCUCUGCAGUUCGGCUACCAUAUAGGAGUCAUCAAUGCCCCGUAUAAGAAAGUACAGGCGUUCUUUAAGAACGCGUCUCUGGAACGCAGCGGGAAAGCCAUGGAGGACUGCACUGUCACUGUCCUGUGGAGUUUUGCUGUGUCCAUAUUCAGCGCUGGAGGUAUGAUCGGAGCGCUCUGUGUAGGAGCACUGGUCAACAAGUUCGGAAGGCGUAAGUCUAUGCUCCUGUGUAAUAUCCUGGCUCUGAUAGGCGGAGCUCUGAUGGGCCUGUCCAGUGCGUGCCGCUCGUAUGAGAUGGUGAUUCUGGGCCGGCUGGUCAUCGGCAUAUUCUGUGGCCUGUUCUCUGGUCUGACCCCCAUGUACGUGGGCGAACUGGCCCCCACAUCCCUGCGGGGAGCCUUCGGCACACUCCACCAGCUGGGCGUAGUCAUCGGCAUCCUCAUAGCUCAGAUUUUAGGUUUGGAGGUUUUGCUGGGUUCUCAGUCACUGUGGCCGCUGCUGUUGGGGCUGACCAUCGUGCCUGCUAUACUGCAGACCAUCAUGUUGCUCUUCUGCUCAGAAAGCCCCAGAUACCUGCUCAUCAACCUGCAGAAGGAGGACGAGGCUCGCCAGGUGUUGGUACGUGUUCGAGGGCACGAGGACAUUGAGGAUGAUAUUCAGGAGAUGAAGGAGGAGGCCAUGAAGGUUGCCAUGGAGAAGAAAGUGUCCAUCCCAGAGCUCUUCCGCAACCCCAUCUACAGGCAGCCUAUCAUCAUCGCCAUCCUCAUGAACCUCUCUCAGCAGUUCUCCGGCAUCAACGCUGUGAUGUUUUAUUCUACAGAAAUCUUCAUCAAUGCAGGCGUCACUGAACCCAUCUAUGCCACUAUUGGAACCGGCGUAGUCAACACUGUCUUUACUGUAGUUUCUCUCUUUCUGGUGGAGAGAGCAGGACGAAGGACACUUCAGAUGUUUGGGCUGGGUGGGAUGGCCGUCUGCACUCUGAUAGUGACCAUCGCUCUCCAGAUGGUGAUGGACCCGUGUGCACCGCAAGCAGAGAACCCGUGUGGAGCUCCAGUUGUGAGUGCCUGCAACAGAACCAUAGAGGCGAUAUCAGAAGGGGGCAAAACGUCAGCGAUCAGUUAUGUGGCAGUUGUGGCUGUUUUGGGCUUUGUGGCCAGUUUUGAGAUCGGCCCAGGGCCUAUCCCAUGGUUCAUAGCGACGGAGCUGUUUGCGCAGGGUGCUCGUCCGGCCGCCGUCGCUGUGGGGGGCUGCUCUAACUGGACCGCAGCCUUCCUGGUGGGCCAGUGCUUCCCCGUACUAAUGAGCCUGUGUGGACCGUACGUCUUCAUCAUUUUCCUCGUCCUCCUCGUCUUCUUCUUCUUUUUCACCUACUUCCGGGUUCCAGAGACCAAGGGCCGGACCUUCGAGGACAUCGCCAGCGGAUUUGCCAAGGCUGCCUCAUCUGGCCACGCCCCACCAUCUCAUUUAGAGGGAGGGGUCAGUCUGCCUGUCUCCCCGUCAGAGAAAGUGCAAAUGGUGGAGUUUUCCGGGCCGGACGGAGCCAAGAGUGGACCGAUCCCCUAGACACAGACACGGGUUAGGUCGGACUCCCUUCACGCACCCAGAAAGUCCAAGGAGGUGACGGUUUGUCUGAUGUGCUUUGUCACAUAAGUUUGUGCAGAGAAAAAGUGAGAUUGACCUUCGCUGACCUCAAAUAGGGUCAAAAUUAACAAAUAGGUCAACUAUUAUGAGGUGGAAUACUAUUGAUAAUGUUUUUAUGUGAGUUAUAAUGCCUUUGUGAACACUGCGCAACAAUUCUCAGCCUCAUACAUUAUAGAACGAGGAGUGUAAAUCUCUUCAGAAUGAUUCAUUUCCAUUUGGUACGACUAUUUUUAAAAGUACACUGAACACACAAACAUGACUGGAGGAACUGUUUACACUAUUUAUUUUGGAUUUUUACAUUUGAAAAUAGCUGAGAAUUUUGUUUUGGCCAGAAAAUGGUUACUGAAUAUCAUAAUAAAUGAUUAGAAUCGAUUCUAUGCACUUAAAAAAACCAUGUCAGACAUGGACCAUGUCAGAAGAACCACUUUAGGUUCCCUAAAAACCUUUCAAUGGAUGGUUCCUUAGAGAACCAUUUUUUAAAACUGAAUAUAUAAGUGUUGAAGAACAUAAAGUUUAAAGAAACUCCACAUACGGUAAAGGUUCUAGGAAGAACUCUUAAAUUGGCAUAAAACCCCUCAGAAACAUGACCGAACUUGCUCAGUCUUGUUUAGCAGGCUGGGGAUUCUCCACAAGGGGGAGCUGUUAGCACUCAAAUAACUUACAGUGCUUCAUAAAAGUGGUGCUUUGCAUCAAUGACACUAUGUCCUUGGCUGUUUAGGGAACCAAAAGUGGUUCUUCUGUAGCGUUUCUUAAAGAACACUUUUGUGGCACUUUACACACUGAGCACGAUUUAUUUGUGUGAUUCAUUCGGACGGCAAUAAAUGUUGUGUGUAACUGAUGAUAUUUUGCACACCAAACGGUCAAAACGUGACUAUUUUUAUCGCCUUCUGUUAGAUUUUUGCAAACUUUCGCAGCCAACAUGAACUCACUCGACUGAUCGCUGUUGUCUCCGCUGUUGGCAUGGCAACAAACAACUGUCCCGGCAACUAGAACUUUCCAACAGUGUCCUCUGCUUCAUCAUGCAUGGUGACGGGUGAGCAUCUCUAAAAGAUGCUCAAACUGAGUUACGGAGAUCGGAGUUAUGAUGCGAAAGUUAGAUACAGAGUUAGGGCUCGUAAACGAGACGGUGAAACUCCACUCUAAUUUCACUUUCAUGGAAAGUAGCCCGUCCAGUAUCACCAUUAGCCUGUUCUAAGGAAGGACAUCUGUUUGUCAAGUGAAGAUUUCUGCCUGUUUGUUCACUUUUUUCUACGAAAGUUCGAAAGAACUGUUUCGGUGCUGCAUUUGGUUUCUGUUAACAUUAAGACAGAAUGUAACAUCCCAAAAUUGACUGUUGCAUUGUUGAAUCUCAGAUAUUUACACCUUUAUUUACCCCUGUUACGUAUUACACAAAAGUAUAUAAAUAGAAUGUAGAGUGGGGGAAACAUAAGCACUAAUUUGUUAUUUAUUAUGUCUUUUAUUAAUGCCAUAAUGUUUUCACCUGUGCCUCAGUGUUGGAAAAAGCCAUAUAAUGUUCCGAGAUUGAACAAUUUUACAACCCAGCACCUUUUGAAGAUAAAGAUGAUGUUCGUUGUGACUGUGCAGUGUUUAUGAAUUUUGCAGUGUUUAUCAGGGAAUAGAAUGAUUGCUUACUGUAUUUAUUGAAGUUGUAUUUAUCUAAUGACUAUUAAUGAUUUGCUAAAGCACCUUUUGAGGCUGGUAGGACUUUCCUCACCCCAGCUUAUUUACAGGGGAAUUCCCGCAAUUUUACUACAUUUCUGCAUAAUUAACAUCUAUGUUGACAAUUUGUUGCAUGUUCUACAAACCAUUCUAGAUCAAUACAUAUAAACGUAAACAUAUAUUAUGUUUAAAGGCCUCUGCUCAUUGUUAAUGGCAAAAUGAAGGCCUUUUGAUAAACUCUGAUCUCCUUUCCUUUUUUUUUCUUCUGUUAGAGACCUAAUUGGCUUAAACAGCAGAAGGGCUUAUUGUGCAGACACAUGCUUGGACCCACUCAUUGCUACUAGCGGCUAUAUUUCAGUGGUUGAGAUGUACGUUUUAGUCCGAAACCUUCUCAAAACUAAAGUGACACAUUUGUCACCAUUUCAUGUAAUAACUUUCUGUGAGGGAGCUUUUAGAGUUCUCUAGAAUGGAGCAUUUCACACCAACCCACCAGUGACUUUGUUUACAUCUCAACCAUUUAAUUAUGUAGAAUUCUUUAAAAAUCUGUUGGAAUUCCUCUUUAAUACAGCGUGGAAGGUAAUACUGUCAUCCUACACUGAUUCCAUGCAUCUGUGUCAUCUCUGCACACUGAAACCAAGUAAUUUAUUUCUUUGAAAUCAGUACAAGUGUGUAUUAAAGGUCCUGCAAACUAAGAAUUCUUACAUUUUCACCUACAGAAAUCACUUAAAUCUGAAGAAGCGCUUUAUGAGCAGCUGUCUGUAAACAGUUUUCAUCUGCAACUCCUGCAACACAUCAAAAUAAUAUGCUUAGCGUUCAUAUAGCUGAACAGAUGCCAUUUACAUAUAUCAGUCUUAACAAAAACAGCCUGUUUCAUUGUGAUGGAUGGAUUGGUUGCCAAAUGGUCACCUAAAAACAGUUACACAAACAUUGAAAGUGACUAUAUACAUAUAUACAUAUGUUAUCUAUAAAUAAAUAAAUGUAGAAUAUGGACCUUUAAAUAUAUGAAUGUCUGGGUUGGUGGAGAUUACAGAAACUUUCUGUACUAUUUUUA